AAACACAAAAAAAUUCAAAAAGGAAAAAGGGUUUUAGAUAUUAUCGCACGGUUUGAUCUAAUGGCGUCGAGACAUGCGGUUCAACAGCACAACGGAGGAGAGAUAGUCCCUGGGGCUAAUAAGCAGAAAAACAUGGUAGCAGCAGAAAAGAAGAAUCGUCGUGCACUUGGGGACAUAGGCAAUGUUGUUGCUGUUCGUGGGGUCGAGGGGAAGCCCCUUUCCCAGGUUCCUCGUCCUAUUACGAGGGCAAAUGCACAAAAUGUGCCGGCCGAAAACAAGAAAAGAGCCGUGGAUCAUAAGCCGACUCGUAAGAAAGCCGCCACAACUAAGCCUAAGCCUGAGGAGAUAAUCGAAAUAAGUCCCGACACAGUUGAAAGAGUUGCAGCAGAGGCCAACAAGGAAGAAAAUCCCGCGAAAAAAUCGUCGAAAAAGAAAGCUCCAACCCUCACUUCAACUCUCAGUGCAAGGAGCAAGGCUGCUGCUUGUGGGCUGAGUUAUAAUAAUAAUAAACCCAAGGAGCAAAUCGUAGUAGAUAUUGAUGCUGAGGACAUGAAUAAUGACCUUGCUGCUGUUGAAUAUGUCGAGGACAUGUACAAGUUCUACAAAUCGGCUGAGAACGAAGGCCGAGCUCAAGACUACAUGGACUCGCAGCCCGAGAUAAACAAGAAAAUGCGUGCAAUCCUAAUCGACUGGCUAGUUCAAGUCCACAGCAAAUUCGAGCUCUCGCCCGAGACUUUUUACCUCACUGUCAAUAUCCUCGAUCGAUAUUUGGCGGGAAAGGCCACCUCAAGAAUGGAGUUGCAGUUAGUGGGCUUGGGUUCAAUGCUGAUUGCCUCAAAGUAUGAAGAAAUUUGGGCCCCUGAGGUCGAUGAAUUAGUGUCCAUUUCAGACGAUACAUACACCAACAAACAAAUCUUGGUAAUGGAGAAGCAAAUAUUGGGUGAGUUACAGUGGAGUUUAACAGUGCCCACACCGUACGUUUUUCUUGUGCGUUUCGUCAAGGCCUCUCUAACCGACUCGAAAGUGGAGAAUUUGGUGUAUUUUCUAGCCGAGCUCGGGAUGAUGAAUUACGAGACGCUCGUUUACAGCCCAUCAAUGAUUGCUGCCUCGGCUGUGUAUGCUGCCAGGCGUACAAUGAACAAGGCACCGUUUUGGACCGAGACACUUAAACUGCAUACAGGAUUUUCCGAACAACAGAUUAUGUGA